GUUAUGUAGUGUACGUAGUAUUGGUCUAGGCAUUUGUGUUUACUGUGCACCUGUGUGUAUAAGCGAUUCAGUCUUUACUUUUCAGACUCUGUAGUUAUUUUCACGUAUAUGAAGAUGGUAUUCAGCUGCGUCACUGCCUCAUUUGCUCUUCUGUCUGUCUUCCGCGAGGGAAUGAGUUGGCUUCUUCAAGGAGUUUCUGUAGUCCUAGUGGCAAUGGUCUUAGGGUCCAGAGUCUUCGUGUGUGCGUCUCUGUUUUCCCUCGAUGGUCCCUUGCGCUACAUGGGCUUCCUUCCUCUGGUUCUCAGUUUCCUCCUCGCAUGGGUCACCGACUACGUGUUCAGGAGGGAAGAAGUGUCUCCCCUCAGAGCUUAUAUAAAAGCUACCCUUCUGCCUCCUGAGGACAAGGCUGGCGGCAUGGCCUCCCUGGUGUACUGUGCUUUUGGGUUAGUCUUCUGGCUGCUCACUCUGUCUCGGCCCUUGAGUGUUCUUGUGUUUGUGGGCGUGACCGUCAUUCACUUCCUUGGAGGAAUUGGGUGGAAGAUACUAACACAAUACGGACAUAAGUUUCCAAGGGUAAGGGGAAGAAAUGUUCCUGCCUGACGUAAU